GCAUCGUAGCAGGAUAAGAAUAUAUAUGGGCAGUAAUGCCCAGCAACCCAGAAGAGGUACCUGUAGUGUCAGUGUGUUUCUCUGUGCACUCAAGUGCUGUUUGGGAGAAAAACUGGAGUGUCAGACUUCAGUUCCUUUCUUUCUGGGCCCUUGAGUGGUUUGUUUUGUCGUGGUGACACGUGAUUUGUUCAUUACCUUUGGGAAUCAGCAGAGUGUGCUUUGUCCUGACUUUAUUUAUUAUUAGGAUGAGAUGUUUGGUGCAGGUUUCCAUCGUGCCUGUGGACUGCUUAAAAAAAUUACCAUCCAUGAUUAGCUAGUUUUUGAAAAAGCCAACUCUUGUGUUUUUCAAAGCUGGAGGGGAAGGGCUGGAAGAUGUUUGUUGUCACUUACCUUUAAUCACUGCUGACAGGCCUCCUUCCUCCAAGCAGCCCUUAGUCUGCUGCUGUCCCCAGGUGAGCUGCUGCCACCCUUAGGUAAAUUGUUUGGCUCAGUUGCAUAAGAAUUCUUCCAUUUUGGCAUCCACGAGAGCAGGAGACUUUGUGGCAUCUUAGCACCACCAUCUCUGUUUUGAAAACAAGAAGAUACUUUACAAAACUGUUCCUGCCCAUGAAUUAAUGUUGUUCUAGAGAUAGUGUGGGUUAAAAAAGUAAGGAGAGUAGGGCUACACUUGUGCUCUGAAAUCCACAAGCCAGUCUCAGUGCCUUGGAAUGCUAACACUGAAGGGAAGGGCAGGGUUUGUUUGCUCUCCUGAUCCCUUAUCUCUGCAUCAGCACACACUCUUGCAGCAGCAUUUCCCCUUUGGGAGCCAGGCAGGUGAUAGGGUCCUGUCCCCCUGGCAGCACUUGCAGAGCAGGCAGUGCUGCCUGAAUGUUAAUGUGCCACUGCAUUCCUCAGCCCUGGUGAAGGAGAAGCAGCAGGAGCAUUGCAGUGCUCGGUGCUGCUUUUUCUACUGAUUUUGUCACACUUUUGAUUAACCUCUCCUGUGAGGGAGCUUUCAAAUAAAUCUAUGGAAGGGGUUUUUUUACAGCUUUAGGUUAAAUGUAGUGUUGUCUUGAGGGUCUGUGUUUUUUGUAUAGAAAGCCCAAAACUCUUAGUAUCUAGGGUUUUAACAUAUGACCAGUUCAAAGUUUCCUGGAGAACAGCAUUGAGUUCCCUUUGCCAUACCUGUGAGGCUCUGCCUUGCAGGCCUCUCAGGGAAGCAGUUCAUGGCUCCUCUUUCCUGAAGAGCAAAGAAGAAACCCUUUUUCUUUCCCCCUGUAACCCUUCCUGCCUGGCAGGCAGCAAUGAUGAUCACCUUGCUGCAAGUUCUUAUGCUUCCAUGUUGGCUUUAAGAGGGUUUGCAUGAUGCUCUGAAGCUGCUGUUGGCUGUCAGACCAUGGCAUUGAGCCAGCCAUGUGAAGCUGGCCAAGCUGCCCUGUCUUUGAGCCAGUGGACCAAUUUCUUUGUCCCCUGGGGUUUUUGUGUCUGUGGAGUUAUAAAAGCAAGCUUCUUUCCUCUGUGCCCCAUUGUGUGGCUUCAUUUUCACAGAGGAAGGAGAUUUUUAUAUCUUAAGUAUUCUACUUAUCCCAAGAGAUGCUAAUUAUUCCUUUUUAAAAACCCAUCAGGCUUAUUUUCUUUACUGGCAUUUAAAAGAAUGAAAAGUAAAAUCCAGUAAUGAAAAUUCGACUUGCAGUGUACCUCAGCCCUGCACUGCUCUUAGGCUGUGCUGCUGUGGCUCUGAGGGCUCUUAAAAGAUGACUUCUCUUUCUGCCCCUGACUAGUUUAGCAGUUUUUGGUGUGCUGUCUAUGCCCUAAUUCCUCCAUCUGAAAAUGGAGGAGCAUGGAAAAUGUGCUGGGUUUGUAGGACCUGUGGAAAAACACUCUCGAACACCAAGUUGUGCAUCACAGUGCUCCACAAAGGAAAAGGAAAUAAUUGCUACUCCUAGCUAGGAGUGUUGUUAAUGGGCUCUCAGUGUUGUGCUUGUGUGGAGUUUGCUCACGUUUCCCUCAGCUUGUGCUCCCUCCCUGAUCUCCACAGCCCUUCCCACUGGCUCUGAGUGCUGGAACAAGUUGUUUACAGCAACAAGGCCUAUCUCCAAGUCCUUGACUUCGGUGCAAUCCAUCUCAGCUGCCUGUCAGGGCUUAUUGUGAGCAUGCAUCCUCCAGUCAAUCCCACACAGGGGAGCCUGUCCUGUGUGCCAGGCUCUCCUCCCUCCCUGCAGCAGGAAGUGCUGAUUAGCUCUUCCUCCUGCUCCUUCUAGGCAGGUUGCAGGCUCCUGCACCCAGAGCUGUGUGUCACACACCUCCCAGGCAUUGCUGUGUCCUGAGAGAUGGCUCUGACACAACCCAGACCACCUCAGCAAAUGCCAAAGCAUUUUUAUGUACGAGUCCAUUGCAAACUGUAUGGGGCUUUCCAGCCCAGCCAAUGCUUUGAGUUCUUUGUGUGAGGGUGGUAAAGCCCUGCAGAGAUCUCUCUUCCAUAAGAAGGGUGGUUGCCAUUUGCAAAAUGAGCAUUUUUCUUGUGUUAAGAACAGAUAUGCACAGGCUUUGUAGCAGGUUUAGAAAAUCCCUCUUAGGUACUAAAAUAAAAUCCCUGCCCUCUAUUUUAAUUUUGCCUCCCUUCUUCAUAUCUUUUAAACAGUACUGGUGGCUUCUUUUAAAAGAUUCUAACUUGAAGCUGAUUCUUUUUGGGGUGUUGGGUGCAUCAGUCUUUGGGGUGCAAAUGUGGAGGUCAGGAACAACAUAUUUGCUGGAGAGUGCAGGUCCUACAGAAUGCCCUAUUGGAAUUGUGUCUCUCCCACAGCAUCUCCUUGCAGGGAGGUUUUUUCUUUGGAUUUUUUCCCUCCGUUUAUCCUCUCAGGACUGUUACAGCUCCCUGAGGCAUAGGUUGUUUGUGGGCAAUUGGAGCUAUUAGUAUCACCUAAAUUAACUUUCAAAGAGAAGCUGCUGACAGAAGAGCUGCCUCUGGUGCUUCUUCCCAGAAAUGUUUAGAGGUAGUCUGGCUGUCUUCUCCAGCUUGAGACCACUUCCUUCAAUUAGAUGUUGUGGUGAUUUGGGAUAGUGUCUUCUCUGGGAAUGCUGGGGUAUCUCCUGCUUUAAUCCACUUUUGAGAACUUGAUAGGGCCUGUAGGUGACACCUUUGAGGCUCCAAUUUGCCAUGCUACAAAUUUCUCUGUGUUGUCAGCUGUCAGUCACUUCCAUGUGCCUGUCCAAACCUUGUUAUAGCAGGCUCAUCUAGCAGCUACAAACAAAAGCAGCUGGUGAGGAAUGGUUCAGGGAGCUGUACACACCUGUGACACAAACAGAGCAUUCCUUUCAGGCUUGUCAGUUUGAUUUACCUGGCAUCAUAAGUUUGAACCAGCCUCUCAAUGAAAGUGGCAGAACAAAUUCCAGUGGCUUGCUGUAUUAUUCUCUGUUCAACUUUAGUUUCUCUUCUGGGAAUUCACACAGUCACCUCCUGAGGGUUAUCUGCCUUGAUAGCUUUGUGUAGGGAAUCUGUUCUCUUUUCCUGUUGUUGGAAAAACCUUUCUGGUACUGCACAGCUGUCAGCACAAUAGAGCCACAAGAAUUUUUUUUUUCCUUAUGGGAGCAAUAAAAAUAAUUUAUUUGGAGGGUUUUUUUUUGAUGUUCCUUAGAAUCAUUCACCACUGAAAAAAAACUCCUGUGCUGGGGUGGAGUAGAGCAGCAUAUUGCACUUCACUCCCAGGAGCACACCCCAACAGAGAAAGCCAUUGAGAGUUUUCUGUAAUGUACAGUCCCUGCAAGACAGACAAGCACCCAACUCCCUGUGUUGUGCAAAUUCAUCAUGUAAAUAAUGGAGCCACUUCUUUCCUGCUGGGAUUUGAAGCUUGGUGUCAUUUCUUAGGCCAGCCUGCUGCAAAAAUGCAGGAUGCCAAGGGAAUGGGGGAAUUCCCACACUUGCCUGAUUGUGUGAUUACUGUAGGCUCAGCUGCACUCACUGCUGAUGGAGAGCUCUUGGGGUAGGGUGAGAGGGAAGAGCUCUUUCUGGGUUUGCUGUAGUUAAGAACACAUUUCAGUGUGCUGCAUUUAGAGCUUGUGGCUGUCACCUGUGACUCAGCCCAGUUUGGUUUGAGCUAGUCAGGAGAGGUUCUUAGAUACCCGGUUUUACACCAAAAUUUAACUCCAUAACGUUGGGAUUGGUUUAUUUUUUCCAGACAAGAGAUUUGUAAGAGCACCGCAGAAAACUGUCUUUACUUGCCUUGUUUGAUAAUCUUGCUGCAGUGGUCAGGUUGUGUGACCAGGAGUGGCAAGGGCCUCUGUGUAGCCUAGGAACAGCUCAUUUCCCUGUGGGACACCAGUCUUUCAGUUUGACUGAUGUUCCCAUUGUAGCUCUGCUCCAGGCACUCCUCUGCAAUCUGUGCUCGGAAGGAUCAGUGCUGCUCCUUUGGCCACUAUUUCCUGCAGUUAAGGCUCCUUAGCUGUGUUUUCUGCCUGGAGGGAGCCAUGGAGUGGGACCUGUGGAAGGAGCACAGAUAACAAGCACCCAUCUGUUCUUUUCCAUCCCUUCGGGAUGUCCGGGUGUCCCUGGUUAGAAUUCUUCUCUGGAUAAGAUAGUGGAGGUGUCACUGUGGGUCAGGCAGGGCAGAAAACAAUAGCAGGUCAAGUCCAAAAAACAAGAUUGAUCAGUGAGUGCAUCCCUGCUGUCAGUCAGGGGCAGAGCUGCUCUGGGGAGGUCAAGGCUGGAGCUGUAGCCCACGUCCCUUCAGCUUCUUCCUCUGAUAAACUUCCAGGAGAGCAAUCGCACUUGCUCUGCUGGAAGCCUGGAGUCAGAAGCUCCACUGAGAGGAAGGCUGCAAGAGCCAAAGCCUGUACAAGGACUUUGAAGCCUCUGUCCGUUGAAUGGUGGCUCUUCCUUGGCUCAGUGGGAUGUUCCAGUACUUGUUUUUCUGUAUUUGCUUUGUUGUUCAGCUCCAGCCAGUGUCUUCGAUGGCCCUGGACCCCUGCUCCGCCUACAUCAGCCUGAACGAGCCCUGGCGGAACACGGAGCACCGCAUCAACAGCUCGCACGGGCAGCCCACGUGCGACAGCGGCAUCGACGGCGAGUGGUACCGCUUCACGGGCAUGGCCGGCGACGCCAUGCCCACCUUCUGCAUCCCCGAGAACCACUGCGGCACCCACGCUCCGCUCUGGAUGAACGGCAGCCACCCACGCCCGGCCGACGGCGUCGUGCGGCGCCAGGCCUGCGCCAGCUUCGGCGGCAACUGCUGCCUCUGGAACGCCAGCAUCGAGGUCAAGGCUUGCCCUGGGGGGUACUACGUGUACCACCUCAGCAAGCCCAGCGUCUGCUUCCACGCCUACUGCGGGCAUUUUUAUGACAUCUGUGAUGUGGUGGAUUGCCAGGACUCCUGCCUGGACACCGGUGACUGCAUGUGUUCCCCAGGGACAACACUCGGACCUGAUGGCCAGACGUGCCUUGAUGAAAAUGAGUGUGAGCAGAACAACGGGGGCUGCAGCGAGUUCUGCAUUAACCUGAAGAAUUCCUUCCGCUGCGAGUGCGGGGUCGGGCGCACGCUGGGGAGUGAUGGCAAAACCUGUGAAGAAAUUGAAGGCUGUCACAAUAACAAUGGAGGCUGCAGCCAUACCUGCAUUGAAGUGGAAGGCACCUACCAGUGUGAAUGCCCCAGGGGACUUGUUCUGGCAGAAGACAACCACACUUGCCAGGUUCCAGUGCUGUGCAAAUCCAGCUCUAUUGAGGUGAGCAUCCCAAAGGACCUGGUUGGAGGCCUGGACCUUUCCCUCAUCAACACUUCGUGCAAAGGCGUGUCCAACGGCACUCAUGUCAACAUCCAUUUCUCCCUGAAGUCCUGUGGAACUGUUGUAGAUGUAAUCAAUGACAAAAUCAUUGCCACCAACCUGGUGACCGGCUUGCCCAAGCAGACCCCGGGGAGCAACGGGGACAUCAUCGUGCGCACCAGCAAGCUGCUGAUCCCGGUGACCUGCGAGUUCCCGCGCCGCUACACCAUCUCCGAGGGCUACGUGCCCAACCUCAAGAACUCUCCCUUGGAAAUCAUGAGCCGCAACCAGGGCAUCUUCCCCUUCACCCUGGAGAUCUUCAAGGACAAGGACUUUGAUGAGCCCUACAGGGGUGACCUUCCCACCCUCAAGCUAAGGGACUCGCUGUACUUUGGGAUUGAGCCCCUGGUGCAUGUCAGUGGACUGGAGACGCUGGUGGAGAGCUGCUUUGCCACUCCCACCUCCAAAAUUGACGAGAUCCUGAAGUACUACCUGAUUCAAGAUGGCUGUGUUUCUGAUGACUCCGUGAAGCAGUACACGUCAAAGGACCAUCUUGCCAAGCACUUCCAGGUUCCUGUGUUCAAGUUUGUGGGCAAAGACAACAAGGAGGUGUUCCUGCACUGCCGCAUCCUGGUGUGCGGGGCGCUGGACGAGACCUCGCGCUGCGCCCAGGGCUGCCGGAGACGCGUGCGCAGGUCGGCCGAGCAGCGGGAGGAGCAGCAGGACAAGGAAUCUGUUCACGUGGCAAACCACAUCCUGACAGGAGGCCCCAUCAGGAUCGACUUUGAGGACUGAUACCCACCCUCUGGAACAGCAUCCCUGGCCUUCCUUAUCGCUGCCUUCUCUUGUGGUUGUUUGAGAAACCAGAGGUAUUUGUUAAAGCCCCGCUUGAACCUCAGGACUCAUUUCCUUAACUCUGUGGUGAUUAUUUGUCAAGUGGUUUGGGCCCACGAGGCAGCCCUUGGAGUGUGACCCGGACUGCAGAGCAGUUUGGUUUUAUCUGCAUUUCUCCCCAACAAUCCUUUACCUGAAGGGACUCUGUUUCUUUGCAGGCCGGAAGUGUUACCCAACUUUGCCUUUCCCUACAUCCACCUACAGGCCCCAGGACUGUUUGUCCUUGACUAAACAAAUGUUAUUCAAGCCCUUCUUGCAUCAGACAGUACAAAUAGUAUCAUAGCUGAGUGUGUUUGCUGUGCAGCUCUGUGAGUGAUGCUGAAGAUUUCAGGUGACUGUUAAUAAAAACAUGUAUAAAAUAUA